AGAAAGCACGGGAAGCGCCUCCGCCAGCGCCGCUAUAUAAGCCGGCGCCGCCCAGGGCCUGCUAUCAGUCAUUCGUUGCCCACCAGCAGCCCAGGCAGAGCAACAAUGAGGAUCACGGUGUGCGUAGUUUUCCUGGCGGCGUGCUACCUGUCGUCCGCCGAAGAGGCCGCUAAAGCGGAGGAGAAGAAGACCAGCAAGACGGAGAAGCGCGGCCUCUACGGCCUGGGCAUCGGCGGAUACGGAGGCGGCUUCGGCGGCGGAUACGGGGGCGGCUACGGCGGCGGCUACGGCGGCGGCUACGGCGGCGGCUACGGCGGCGGCUUCGGGGGCGGACUCGGCGGCGGCUACGGCGGCGGCAUCGGCUACGGUGGCGGAGAGGUGAAGGCCAUCACUAUCACCAAGGAGGUGCCGGUGCCGGUGCCGCAGCCGUACCCCGUCACGGUGGAGCGGAAGGUGCCCUUCCCCGUGAGGGUCCCCGUCAAGGUGCCGGUGGACAGGCCGUACCCGGUGAGCGUGCCGCAGCCCUACCCCGUCCCCGUGGAGAAGCCCGUGCCGUACCCCGUGAGCGUGCCCAAGCCCGUCGCCGUGCCGGUACCUCAGCCCGUGGUCGUCAAGCAGCCGGUGCCCGUCGUCCUCAAGGGCGGCUACGGCGGCGGCUUGGGCGGCUACGGGGGCGGCUUUGGAGGCUUCGGUGGCGGCUACGGAGGCCACGGAGGCUUUGGAGGCGGUUUCGGAGGCUUCGGAGGCUACGGACAUCCACACAUUAGCGUUGUAUUUUUGGCGAUGUGCACCGUGUCCAUUGCUAAAGAGGCAGUCACUAUCAAAGAAGGAAGCAAGAAGAACGAAAAGCGAGGCCUGCUGGGUCUAGGAGACGGCGGUUUCGGUUACGGCGGUGGCCACGGCGGCGGCUUUGGCGGCGGCGUUGGAGGUGGCUUCGGGGGUGGACUCGGGGGCGGAAUCGGAGGCGGCGGCUUUGGAGGCGGCGGCGCGGCCGCUGGCGGCGGACAAGUGACCUCCGUGACCAUCACCAGGGAGGUGCCGGUGGCGGUGCCACAGCCGUACCCGGUGGCCGUCGAGCGCAACGUGCCGGUCCCGGUAAACGUGCCCGUCCACGUGCCGGUGGACAGGCCGUACCCGGUCCACGUGCCACAGCCGUACCCCGUCCCCGUGGAGAAGCCGGUGCCUUACCCCGUGAGCGUACCCAGACCCGUCGCCGUGCCGGUGCCGCAGCCGGUGGUCGUCAAGCAACCGGUUCCCGUCAUCAUCGGCAGCGGCGGCUCUGGUGGCUUCGGUGGACUCGGAGGCUUCGGGGGAUCUUCUCUCGCCGGCCACGGUGGUUUCGGCGGCGCUUUUGGAUCUUCGUCCUUCGGCAGCCACGGAGGAUACGGCGGUGGCGGCCACGGAGCGCACGUCAGCUUUUCGCGGCGGCAUGUAACAACAGGUGCCGGGAGAAAGCGCGCGGAGGGACCGACCGCUCUCCGCCGCAGCUCCUAUAAAAGGGGCGCCGUCGUCGGAAGAGGCAUCAGUCAUUCGUUGCAUCCGGCACACACACGAGCAGCGAUGAGGAUCGUGUCGACUUUAGUUUUACUGGCGGUGUGUACCGUGUCCCUUGCUAAGGAAGAUGGCACUAAGAAAGAAGGAGGCAAGACCGCGAAGAACGAAAAGCGAGGGCUGUUCGGCCUCGGAGAUGGCGGCUUCGGCGGUGGAUACGGCGGCGGCUUCGGAGGCGGCCACGACUUUGGAGGCGGCUUCGGCGGCGGCUUCGGAGGCGGACACGGAGGAGACCUGGGUGGAGGCUUCGGAGGAGGUUACGGGGGAGGACUCGGCGGAGGCUUCGGAGGCGGAGUUGGUGUCAGCGAAGGCAAGAUCAAGGCCAUCACCAUCACCAAGGAAGUGCCCGUACCUGUUCCACAGCCGUACCCCGUCACAGUGGAGAAGAAGGUCCCCUACCCUGUGAAAGUCCCCGUGAAGGUCCCCGUGGACAGGCCGUACCCCGUCCCUGUGCCGAAGCCGUACCCUGUGCCCGUUGAGAAGCCGGUGCCCUACCCGGUGAGUGUACCCAAGCCUGUCCCUGUGCCCGUGCCCCACCCUGUGGUGGUGAAGCAGCCUGUGCCAGUCGUCGUCAAGGACAGCGGGUACGGAGGCGGCUUCGGCGGAGGUUUCGGAGGAGGUCUCGGCGGAGGCCACGGCAGCUUCGGCGGAGGAUUCGGAGGGUCGUCUUUUGGUGGUCACGGAGGAUACGGAGGUGGCGGCUUCGGCGGACACGGAGGGUUUGGCGGUGGCAGCUUCGGCGGUCACCACUAGUACAAUGUCAGCGGGUCACCCUAUCUGCUGGUAGCGACUCAUCAUCUAGUCUUCUUACACUGACCAGAAAAGCUUGUAAAUUUUAAUAUUUUUCUAUGAAAUAAAUGAUGUUUACAAAUGA